CGGAGGUCUCCGCAGCCGCUCCCUCCCCGCGCGUGGCUCCGCGGCGCGCUCCCGCCGCUGCCAGCCGGCCUCGAUCACCCCCUGCGCUUCUGGCGGCGCCUCCUGCCGCGGCGCACAGCGGUCAAGUCGGUCGGCCGCGCCCACGAGGGGGGAGCCCGACGCGGCCGUGGUGCAGCGGGCGCCGCUGUGGCCCAAGAACGGCGCCAAGCACGCCGGAGGGCCAGCAGCCGCCGCGGUCGAAGCGGAGACGGCGGCGCCGUGGGCGAAGGCGUCCUACGCCGGGGGGCUCGUGCGCCCGAAGAGCUCCCUGGACUCCCGGGCGCUGCGAGGCGGGGCAGCCCACCCGGGAGCGCCCCGGCCGCCCCCGGGGCCCCCGCCCGGGCGCGCCGCCCGAGCACAGACCGCGCCGCGGCCGCCCGAGACAUCGGGCGCCCCGUAGCUCUAAG